AUGUCAUUUCGAACAAAACUCAUGGAUAUGGUUAACCAACAAGCAAGCGAUUCUUGUGUGGAUACCGUCGAAUACAUAAUUGGAGAAGACGGAACUUUGUCUCCGAUUUACACACAAUUGCCUAGUAGUGUAAAUGAACCUAUAUUAAAUAUUAUUAUUAAUGAGGCUCCACAACCGAAUAAUUCUAACAAUUUUAAACAUAUAGAAUUGCCAACAGACUUUAACGAUGCUAAAAGCAUAAACAGUGAACCAGAAACUAUAAUAAUAUUAAAUAAUAAUCUUGAGGCUCCACCAUCGAAUAUUCCGACUAGUUUUGACCAUUUAAAUUUGCCGACAGACAUAAACGAUGUUUUUAGCAUAAACAAUGAACUGGAAAACCCAGAGAAUCCAGAAAACGAACGUUGUAAUAGCUCUGCAGAUGAAGAUGAUAACAGCGGAAAAAACGAGUCUGAUAUCAGCCUGAAUAAUACAAAAAUUCGAAAGAAGAGAAAAUAUUCUGAAGGAUGGAAUUAUAAUAUAAAUAAAUAUAAACGAUUAAAAGGUCAGCCUUACCAAGGCAAUAAGGAAAUUGCAGGUUGUUGGAACUACAACAUAAACAAACCAGGUAAAUUUUUGUCAAAUCCGUGCAACUGUUCCCUCGGUAAAAAAAGUGUUGCUAUCCAAUGUCAAAAAAUGACGGAAGAAAAACGUUUAAAAAUGUUUCAAACAUUUUGGAAUACAAUGAUUGGAGUGAGAGGAAACUACAUGUCUUCUUCGAAAAAAUUGUAUCUUGAGCCACUUUGGCGUUCAACUGCCGCCCUGUAUAAUUUUUUUAAAAAAGAAUAUUGCAACGAACGUAAUUUGGAACCUCCAUCCAUAUUCACGUUCAUGAAGAUAUUUGAAAAGCUGAAUUUGUCACUUUACCUACCAAAAAAGGAUCUGUGCGACGUGUGCGAGGCAUACAAUACAAAAAACUUAUCUGAGGAAGACUAUAAUAUUCAUCAAACUUUAAAAUUAGAGGCACGUCACGAAAAAGAAAAAGACAAAACUACUACCGACGAAACAGUUAAUGUUUAUGCAAUGGACUUACAAAGCGUGUUAUUGAGUCCUAAAUCAACAGUAUCUGCAAUGUACUAUAAAACAAAACUGGUAGUUUAUAACUAA